UUAUUUCAGACUCAGAAAGUUGUGAGUCUCAGCAGUUUUUCAUGAUUCCUUUAUGUUUCAUUCAGUAACUCAGGAUACCUUUGCUUUCAAGAUGCAUCAAGGUUUCCUGCUUUGACUUUGCUUCUGAGCCAAUGAAUAUCCUGGCAUGAAAAAAACAGGAGUAAUGAGAUAAUGAUCUACAAACUGGAAAGAUAGAACAGACAUGAUUAAGAAGAACUUGAAGCUCAAGAUAGGUGAGGAUAUAGUAAGUGAGCACCUAGCUGAUUUAAAUGAUUCUCCAAGCUCAGGCGAAUUACAUCCAGGAAACGGAAAGAUCUUGCAGAUGUGAUUGUGGAACCAUGAUCAGAAAUCUUUGAGGACUCAUGGACACUGGAAGAAGUGCCAAAAGACUGGAGGUAACAUUUCACUUGUUGCAUUUCCAGUUUCCAGCACCAAUUCAACAUCAAAAAUUUUACCAAAAACUUUAGGACCAAUAAAUGUGAAUGUUGGACCCCAAAUGAUUAUAAGCACACCACAAAGACUAGCCAGUUCUGGAAGUGUUCUGAUUGGGAAUCCUUAUAGCCCUGCACCAGCAAUGGUCACUCAGACACAUGUGACAGAACCCACUGGCUGGGUUCCAGGGGAUCGAAAACGUGCUAGAGAGUUUAUAGACACUGGUUUUUCAGAAAGCAAAAGAAGCAAAAAAGGAGAUAAAAAUGGAAAAGGCUUGAGACAUUUUUCAAUGAAAGUAUGUGAAAAAGUUCAACGCAAAGGAACAACUUCCUAUAAUGAAGUGGCUGAUGAGCUGGUAUCAGAGUUCACCAAUUCAAAUAAUCAUUUGGCAACAGAUUCACAGGCUUAUGAUCAGAAGAAUAUUAGGCGAAGAGUUUAUGAUGCCCUCAAUGUGCUAAUGGCAAUGAACAUAAUUUCAAAGGAAAAAAAAGAAAUAAAAUGGAUUGGGCUUCCUACAAAUUCAGCCCAGGAAUGUCAGAAUUUAGAGAUAGAGAAGCAACGGAGAAUAGAGCGGAUAAAGCAGAAGAGGGCUCAGCUACAGGAGCUUCUAUUGCAGCAAAUAGCUUUUAAAAAUCUAGUACAAAGGAAUCGACAGAAUGAACAGCAGAACCAGGGCCCGCCAGCUCUGAACUCUACAAUACAGCUACCUUUUAUAAUUGUCAAUACAAGCAAAAGAACUGUCAUAGACUGCAGCAUCUCAAGUGACAAGUUCGAGUAUCUUUUUAAUUUUGACAAUACUUUUGAGAUCCAUGAUGAUAUAGAAGUAUUGAAACGGAUGGGAAUGUCUUUUGGCCUGGAAACAGGCAAAUGUUCACUCGAGGACUUGAGAGUUGCUAAAUCAUUGGUGCCAAAGGCUUUAGAAGGAUAUAUCACCGAUAUGUCUACAGGACCUUCAUGGUUGAAUCAGGGGCUUCUUUUGAAUUCAACCCAAUCAGUUCCAAAUUUAGAUCUGACCAGUGGUUCCAAUUUAUCACAAUCAAGUGUAAACCAAGGGUUUUGUUUGGAUGCUGAAGUGGCCUUAGCAACUGGGCACUUCCUUGCCCCAAGCAGUCAGCAAUCCAGCAGCGCGACAUCCCACUAUUCUGAGUCCCGAGGCGAGACCCCCUGUUCUUUCAAUGAUGAGGAUGAAGAUGAAGAUGAUGAGGAUCCCUCAUCCCCAGAAUAAAGACAGUAGAAAAGCUAAAUUUUACAAAAUGCUGCUCGUGUGUGUUUUUAGUGUGAGCUCUUAUUCUUGAUGUGAUUGCUUCAGCUCUUGCCUUUGUUUGCACUGUGUAUUCAGUGACAGAAACACAACUAAAGACAUCAAAAUUCAGAUGAAGUUUAACAUAGUACGAAUGAAGACUCGGGCCAUACAAAGCACUAGGACAUAGCGCAAACAAAGUAUCUUUGCCUCUAUGAAUGAGGUAAAGAAAUCCCUGAAGACCUUGCAAAGUGAAUGAAAUUCAGCUACCUUCUGAAAUGUGGGACCAUUGUCUUCUCCCACCCCCAUAUCAUCCUUCUCAGCACUGAGAGUGCAACAAGGAAGAUUCCUUAGCCAAAAUACUUCUCAUGCUUAUAUUGUUUGGCUGUGCUAUUGUUAAAUGGUGAGAUGAAUAUUUACAGUUAUGCUUUUUGUACUGUAUGGAUGAGGUACCUAGAAUGUUUGUUCAACUGACUCUAGAAAUUGAAGUCUUAAAAUAGUAUUGAGUGAUGACUUCUUGAAGUAGGAAAGCCUGUUUAAUGAUAUGUGUCACUUACCAGCCACUUUAGAUAUUUGUCAAAGAGGUAGGAAGAACAGCUCAAUAAUUUUACUUCAAUGAUAUUUCAGAUAUAAUUUAUCACAUUCAAAAACUGGAAUCAGGAUAGUUAGCCAAUGCAAGCAAAAGAAUUUAUUAGGGCUAUUUAUGGAAGACAAAAGAAGUCUAAUAGCAUUUCCAUGUAUAUAUUUGCUAGCACUGCCUUUUGCCAGUGCCUACAACGUUGGAAUUUUACAGGGAAGGAAACUGUAGAAAUAGCUUUAAUCAAACUAUUAGCCAAUGCAAUUCAGGCAGGUUGUUUUUUUUUUUUUUUUUUUUAUUAUUAUUUAAAUAGAAUAGAAUAACAGCUCAAGUUUUGAAAUGCUUGCUUAUAUUUCAUUUGACAGUAUUGUCCUGUCAAAAAUUUGUGAAACUGAAAGCAAUUGACUUCAGUUUUGUCAUAAAAGAAAAUAUCUGAAAAAUGCUAAUCAGUAAGCCCACCUGCACUUUUAUUACAUUACAUUUCAUUAUUCCUAUUGACCUCUUAAUUACAUUAGACCUUUUAAUGAGUACGUUGCAUCUCUCAUGAACUGGCCCAUAUUUUGGUUUCAUAGAAACUUCAUAGAAUAUUAAGUGCUUCCAAAUUAUUGGAUUUAGAAUGGGUAGAGUGUUUCAUAGCCAAAGAUGCUGUUAGGAAUACUACACUAUUGAAUUCUGUUGUUGUUUAAAAGGAAGAGUUCAAGGGGGAGAGAAUCUUUAAGUCACAAAUGUAAAAAAUUUCUCAUUGUGGUAUUAAAGCUAAGAGUAAGGAAAAGGGAGAAGGCCAAAAAUCAAAGCAAAAUUCCACCCAUGUGCCUAGGAAUCUCUUAGCUCUGCCCUCUUUCUACUCUCAUUCAAAUCAAAUCUGAACUCCAGGAAAACAGUCAAUGUAAACCAUUUGAAAGUCUCUAUAUGUCUUAAAACAUCAGAAAAACAAUAGAUUUACUAGUAUCUUAGCAGUUUGGAGAACUCAUAUGAAACUAUGCACAAGAUUCUUAACCUGACAUUUAAUAGACACAAUGUGAUACCAUUUUAAGGUGGAGAAAUAACCAAAGCUUCUGCAUUGUGGUAUAACAUGUGGCUAUCCAAAAUAUUAAAAAUAAAAGUAAACCCUAUACUAUUCAAAACAAGAAAUAUAAAAUACAAAUAUGAAAAUUAAUUUGAGGGCUGUAAAUACCCUCAAUUUGAAGAGGACGGACAAUAAAAGGAGAAAUUACUUUUAAAUGUUAAUUUUGUGGGAGGCAAAGGAAUGAGCGAUUUGAAUAUUGUCUUUUACUGGGGACUUAAUACACAUGGCUUACUCUGGUAUCUGUCCUCCUAGAAAAGUUACUGAUCUCAUAGUUAUAAAUUGGAUACUUCAUAGGAUAUUUUUUAAGUUAUAAGAGGGUGGGGGGAGGGGUCAAUGUUUUGUAGUGCAGUGAACACCUAGAAUGGCCUCAGAUCUUUAGUAAGGCUCAGAAACUCUGCAAACAAGGACUAAGAUCCUUGAUCCACUUGAGGGAAUGUUCUGUCAAAAUUAUGUAAUUACUAUAAGUUUAGGUAGUUUAGGGAUCAGGAAGAUAACAUGAUGAUGUCUUAGUCCUAGUUUCUUGAAUAGAGAAAUCAUCUUGGCAUGGAUUUGGGAAGAGACGUUCCAGGCAGGCUAACAGAAAAUGGCCAUAAAGCUAGCAGACUUCAAAAAGCUCCCCUCCCUUCCCCCCAAAAAAAUAUGGGACAAGUCUGCCCUGCAUAUUUCUGUGACUAAGAAAUUUGGAGUGAGGGUGAUGGGGUGAGUGAAACCCAGGGACAGAAAACUGCCUUUUGACUGUGAGGUGGAAUAAACUCACUUCAAACAGCUUCCAAAUAUUUAGACUGCAUGAACACGACCCCUCCCAUCCCUACCCCCCGAAUCCCACCCCUCUGAACUCUCCAAGAAAAGCCUGAGGGAAAAGUAUGGUACUUCCAGAACCUACAAAUGAUUUUUCACAGUUGUGUAAUUUUCAGAUUUCAUUCUUGUUCUCCCUUUCUCCACUGGACCUGUUGCCUCCUCCUUUCCAUCUCUGCUUCCAAAGUUUGGGCUUGAACGAGACCGCUUUAGUUUCCACCACAAAGACUUAAAAGCCACUGUGUUCACAGUUGGUCUCCACAAGGCCCAGGUUCCUUAUCUUUAGAUCUGUUGCACAAUUAUCAGAGUUUUUAAAAGUAAAGCACGUGGUCAAAUAUGAAACCUCCAUGUGUUUCCAGAAUUAUUCUUUCACCCAUCUUUGAACAUCCUGUUGAACUGGUAACUCGGAGAUCUUGCAAAUUCUGGCAGCCAGCUAAAGUCUUUUAAAAAAUCUUUAGAUUCUUUUGAGCCAGAAGAUGUCUUAGGAGCCUAUAAUAACCUGCUCACAUUUCUGUUAAGGUAGCUGAGGCAGAGGGACUUGCCCCAGAUCACACAGCUGGUCAAUGGCAGAGAGGGGAGCUGGCCCUCGCAGGUCGCUCUUAAAUCAUGUCACCAAGAUGAGAAGAGGCCAAGUGGGGAUGUUUGUUGGAAUGCCGUUGUUACUUAACUCCUCAGAUGCCAAAUGAGUGGAAGAAGAGGCAUAUGAGAGCUGGAUCAUCUUUCUAUUUAGGCUGUUGUGUGUGAAGGGAAGCUCUUGGCCCCUUUCAGAAAGUGCCCAGUAGUGGGGUCCUUUGGCUCUAAAGGAGCCUUCCCUGUAGUUUGUCACAUUUACCUGUUGAUAGUAGAGGGCAGCCCUCUCACGUACACCACAACCAAGGGCUUCUUUCUCUGUGAUUACUCUGCUCUCAGUCUGAUGAGAGCUCAGCAUCGUUGUGGAGGAAGCUUUAAAAAUUGCAGAGCAAUUUGCACAGAAAAAAACUUCUAAAGAAAACAAAAAUCUUCGCACAUUUAUCUCCCUCAUCCCCCAUCACCACCAAAUGUCCUGAAAAAGGCCAUGGUGGGCACUGAAGUCAGAUUUACUUACACUUGUUUCCCCUAAGUCUGAGCCUGUCUCUCCCUUCAAAGUCAUGUUAUGUCCUGGUGCUCACAAGCUACUUCAGGAAGCAUUAAGGUGGAUGGCCUUUGUUGCCAUGGUUGAGUAGAACACAUAGGAGUAAGGAAUGAUAUCCGAGCACAUUGUUCUGGCCUCAUAAGAUAGAGUCAGAAGGGACCUGAAAGGUUAUAUAUCCAGCUGUUUCAUUUGCUACAUGAGAAAGCGGGCUCAGAAAAGUGGUCAGGAGCAGAGACCAGAUUUGAACUUGGGCCUUGCGUCUUUACAUCAUUCCUUGCCUGGCUCUGUGCUGUUAGAAAUGUGCCCCCUUUUCCCUCUGCUCUUGAGAACACACUUUCCCUAGAUAAUUUCAUAAGUAAGUAAUGGCUAUGUUCACUUGCUUCCUUCUGUUUUAUUCUAGAGUUUUCUCACCAGAAGAGGUUUGCUUACCCUAUUAGGAAAAUAAAGCAGUGACUCUACUUCAGGGUGCACUGGGGAAAUGUUAUUAGCACCCUCUGUGUUCACAGCUCUGUAUUCACAGACAACUCAUUCAAGUAUUUCUUGAACAAAUUUAUCAAUGUAGACAUAAUCCAAUAUACCUUGAGCUCUCCCUCCUUAAUGAAUAAAUGUGAGCUGAAAAAGACCUUAGAAACCUUCCAGUUCAAUAUCUUCAUUUGGCAAAGGAGAAAAUAACUCUGGAGAACAGUGACUGCCCAGACAAUGUAACAUGGCGGUAAAUUGCCAAAGAUCCUGGUAGUAAAUUAUCUGACUACUCGACCUGGGGACUUGGAGCUGUCAAGUAAUGAUCCUGGGAAGUAAUUGUGGCCAGAAUUGUGGUUGGCAUGGGUGUGGCAUCUGCUUCUAAAUGAGUUGCUGUAACUAGAUUAAAACUUUCUUUUUUCAUUAAUAUUCCAAAAAGUGUGGGAGAGUUUAACUAGGAUGAAUAUUACACAUUCAAAAACAAGUCAGGAGGUUGGCACUCUCUCCAGAAGCAGACUCUGGGUGACCUGAAAAUUAGAACUAUAAACACCAAAUGAAUUUGGAGAGAAUUCACUGUAAAGUGUUUUGAACUUAAACUAUGAUUGGGUUACUAAAGUUCUGUUAUGACCACUUCUUCAGAAGCACUUUUGUUAUAUAAAAUAUAUACCUUUCAUAGUCAGUUGGUUCUCACCAAAGAAAAACUUUGGCAUUGUGGACUAAUAUAAAAGACCUUAAAAAUUAUUUAUGGCAAUAAACACAGAUUGAGAUGAAAUUAGAUUUAUUUGAAAAUCCAAACUCCAAAUAGUUCCAUAAAAUCUGCUACCUAAAGGGCCCUUCAAAUUCCAAAAUUAUAAUGUAUUUCAGGCAUAUACCUACGUAUAUAUUUGUAUAAUUUCUCAGGCAUUACCAUAACCAUUUUAAAAUUAGAUAUCCUUAGAAAGCUUUAAUAGAUUGUUUAAAACAGACUAGUAGUUGCGGCAUCUAUAAACCAAGAAAUAUUUCGAUAUGUUUGAGUCCUAAUCAGUAAACUGCUCAGUAGUAAUUUGUUUUCUCCCAGAUGGAACUGUAGAAAGUGACAUCAAAAGGAAGAAUUUCCAUAAAGUGUGUAUCAUUCCAUUAUCCAGUUGCAAUAUUUUGAUGCAAAGACAGCCUACUUGAACUUGUAUAGGAACUUGCUUUGUCAGAAAUGGGGAGAAAUCAUAAAGAUGAGUUACCUAAAGUAGCUUUCCACAUUGAACUCUUUGAAUGUAUUGAAGGAUCCCAUCAGAGACCCAUGUGGUUAGUUAAAUUUUAUGUAAAACCUGAAGUGCCGGGCCUGAAAAGAAACAUUACUAUUCAUUUACCUUGUACCUCUUCAGUAUAAGCCACUAUAAGAAUACAGCCAUGAAUCCCAUGGUCUCUGCCUUGAGAAACUUAAGAGAAAAAAAAAGAGUCAAGGUUAUGACAGUCAGAACGCAUAUAAUCAAAAUUCCACCGAAACUCAGGAAGCUUACAUCCAACCCCAAGAUGAUGGCACAAAGUGGGAAGCCAAAUAUUUCUGCUUAGUUUUCAUUGAAACUAAACAGCAACAUUAGUUUUCCAAAAGUCACAAUUUUGCCUUCUUAAUAUGUACUUUUCCUUACAACAUGUUUGAGAAGAAAAAGAUGGGUCAGGAGAACAAGAUAGCACGGUGCCUUCUAUUUGCAGAGCUCUGCAGUCUAUAACCAUGAUGUUCCUCAUACAAGCCCUGGGAACCAGGCCAAAUAGCUAUAUUCUCCCCAAAAUUGGGACUCAGAGUAACUUGACCAGAGUCACACACAGCUAGUAAGUGACCAGUCUAGUACUUAAGACCAGGUCUUCCGAUUCUCCUCAGUAUUUCCUCACCAGACCCCUUAUCCCACCCAACUUCCAAAAAAAUUAGAGUGCUUUGUCAAAAAAUUAUUAGCCAUUUCUGGGAAAUGCUAUUUUACAUUUGCUAUAUGUAUUCAUAGUAUAAUUUCUUAUGCAAAUCCAUACCAAGAGGCCUGUAGAAUUCAUACCACUAGUGCAUUUCUGAUUAAUAGACUUUUCACCCUUUGGUUGAUGAGCUGAUGAAGAGAUGAAAGGCAACCAAAAUAGAGUGAGAGGUAAAAAGAACUAACAAGUUCUGAGCCCCCUGUGGACCAAGAUGGUGCUUUAUUGUGUUUCCCUGAGCACCCUUAGGAGUUUGCUGGUAGACACUCCCAUCACAAGGACACCAACAGCUUCCUUUUUAGGGCUUCCUGUUAGAACACCUGCAAGAGCAUCGUGACAAAUAUGGAAAUAUGUUUAAAAGGAUUUUUAUAACUAUAUUAUAACAUUUAUAACCUGUAUCAGAUUGCUUGCUCUCUUGGGUAAAGGUGGGAGGUAAGGGAAGGAGGGAGAAAACUUUGGAACACAAAAUCUUACAAAAAUGUGUGUUGAAAACUAUCUUUACAUGUAUUUGGAAAAAUAAAAUGCUAUUGAGGGAAAAAAAAUAAAAUCAUGCAAGUAAGGAGGCACUUAUCACACAAGGGUUACUCCAUAGGUCUCCCUCAUAUUUGUCCUUUCCAUUGAAAGGCAAUGCGAUGGAUCCCCAUUUCCAAGUAGUUUGAGAGACCUUACAGAUUUCUUCUACACAGCACAAUUCAGGAGUCUGGCGUAGUUCAUUUGAGUCGCCACCCUCUUCGCAACGGCAUUGCUACCUGUUACUGCCAUAGCACAACACCCUUCUCCCAGACUACAAGUAGCUUUUAAAAUGCACCAUUUACCAGGAUCAUUUACCUGUUGACAUUGUCCUGGAUGCUUAGUCCCCUAAAAGGAACGUGCCAAGUCCACCGGGACGUGUCGGGCGCCAGUGGCAAAUGGCGCCAUUGCACUCCAUCACAAAUGAGGUCAAGGUUUCAGGAGUGUUUUUGUUGCUCAUAACUGCUGUUUAUGGUCUGGAAUCAAAGCCUGCCAAAAUACUCCCUUGAGACUUUCCAGUUCAAAUUUUCCCAUUAGUGCUUGACAGGUAUAACCCUUAUGCCAGCUCUAAAAAGUAAAAUCAUCAACUGUUGUAGCCAGCCACCCAGAAAGCCUGAGUGGCUUCCAGCAAAUUUGUAAUGCUACGCAUUCCCUCAUAUAUCUUGUUUUUAGCUGCAACAAAACAGUUUGCUUUUGUUCCCCUCCCCAUCUUUCAAAAUGCUGUUAAGAAAUUAAUGGUGUCUAAGGACUUAUGAUUUGACAUUUAAUUUCUAUAAAAAAUGUAAUGUUAGGAUUUACCAUCACAGAGGACAGGUCCGUUAGAAAUUGUAUAUGGUAUUCCACUAUCUGCUUUAAACCAUUUUAAAUAUGAGUAAAAAAUCCAAGUUUUGCUUUCCUAAUGGGGUAUCAAUUAGGGCAUCUGAACUAAUAUGAAAUAUUACUUUGUAGUAUUACAAACUUUGUAAAUAAAUACCCAUUAUUUUUUUAUGGAAAAUUUUAUAGAAGAGGCUAUUUCUGUACAUGCAACUAACCCCAUGUUUUCUGAAAGUGCUGCAAGGGGAGAGCAAACUUACGUCCUAUAGGACCGUGCCUUGCACAGGGUUGGCACUCGAGAACACAUUUGGUGACUAGUGCAAAAAUUGGAAUAUGGUUUCUCCAGUGAUUGAAAGUUAAUGGAGAAAGGACUACAUCAUAAUGUUCUAUGACCUGAAGAAAAAAAAUGUAUUGUAGAAAAAUAAAUGAUUUUAAGCAA